GAACUCUAUAAACCAUAGGUGAUCAGAAAAAUAUAGUGCAUUCUCCUCGAUUCCUUCAACUAUCGGGCGAGUCUCUUUUUGUAGAUUUGCAGGAUGGCUGAACCAAAUGUGCGACAUGUGGAACUGUUGGGCUUUGAGAAAAGGUUCUUUCCAAGCCAGCACUAUGUGUACAUGCUCUUGGUGAAAUGGAGUGAUCAAUCUGAAAAGCUGGUUUACAGACGGUAUCCAGAAAUCCACACUUUUCAUAAAGCAUUGAAGGAAAUGUUCCCUAUUGAGGCAGGAGACAUUGAUCCAAAGGACAGAAUCAUUCCUUCAUUACCAGUUCCUAAAUGGCUGGACAAUCAGAAAACGACAGAGACAAGGCAGGCGACUCUUGCUGAAUACUGUCGCUCUCUGCUCAACCUGCCUCCAAAGAUCUCUCAUUGUCAUCUUGUGAAUGACUUCUUCAAAAUGCGUCUUGAAGAUGAAUCUCCACCAGCCCCACACCUAUACAAAAGAAAUGAGACAUUCAUUAUGUCCACCAAUAGAUCACGAAGCAACACCUCAUCAGAAAUCACAGGGCCAAUCAUGCUUGAAAGCUACAGAGUGAUCGCAGACUACAGCAAGAGCUCAAAAUAUGAACUCACUCUGAAGGCAGGAGAUAUGGUGGACAUAGUGGAAAAAAGCCCUAAUGGCUGGUGGUUUUGUCAGUGUGAGUCUAGAAGAGGCUGGGUUCCAGCUUCUUACUUAGAACCGCUGGAUGGAGCAGAUGAAUCCGAGGAACCAGAGCCUAAUUACGCAGGAGAGCUCUAUAAAACCACCAAAGGAUACACAGCUGCAGAAGAGGAUGAGUUGACUCUUGAGGCAGGAGAGACUAUUGAGGUCAUCCAUAAACUUCUGGAUGGCUGGUGGGUGGUCAGGAAAGGAGAAGAUACAGGCUACUACCCAUCCAUGUUCCUAUGCAGGACAGGAGAGAAGAAAGAGGUGGAUGCUGAGAAGGACGUGGUCAGAAGAUCAACCCCACCACCCAGAAGAUCUACCAUACGCAAUGCCCAGAGCAUCCAUACCACGGGACGUCAGCGAAUCAGUCAGGACUCCUAUCGUAAGCAGAGUCGACGGUUCUUACAGCAGCGAGGAAGACUAAACUCACAAUCCAAGAACAUGACACGAUCUCCACUGCAGGAGAGGAAGACUAACAGAGAGAACAAUGCAAAAUCAGACUCGUCCAAAGCAGAAUAUAUGGACAAAAAUACUCCAGUCAUUCCUCCUCGGCCCAGUCCUCAGCUCAUUCUGGAGCGCUGCACUGAGAACACAUGCAAGAGAGUCAGCAUACAUGAAGCCAAAUGAACUGCAUUCAACAGGAUGUGCUAAAACCUUACUUGAAUCUGCUGUGUCUGUAACUGGUGUUCUCAGGCAUUCAGACACUUGUAAAUAAAAAUGCUCUGUGCAUCUCUGCUCAGCCCAGAACCUGUUAUUAGCUAUGUAAACAUGUCUAUAUAUUUCAACCAGCUAUUUACUCUAUUACAGUUUAUAUAUAUAUAUAUAUAUAUGUGUGUAUAUAUAUAUAUAUAUAUAUAUAUAUAUAUAUAUAUAUAUAUAUAUAUAUAUAUAUAUAUAUACACAUAGUUAUUUACAGUGUAAGGGAGAUCAGGCCAAGUUGUCACAUGGAGAAGUUGUCACAAGGGCUAUAUUUCAGUAACUAUAUGGUUUUAGGUCUGAAGUUAAGUUGAACAAAUGCUUGUUUCUCUAGCUAUAUAUAUAUAUAUAUAUAUAUAUAUAUAUAUAUAUAUAUAUAUAUAUAUAUAGAUAGAUAGAUAGAUAGAUAGAUAGAUAGAUAGAUAGAUAGAUACAGCAUACUAAUUAAAAUCCCAGGUGGCACAUGUACAUCUCUGAGAUGUCUGUUUUAGAUCUUUUCAUUUGGAAAGCAUCUAACAUCUGCUAAACAUCGCAAAAAUUCUAAAUCAUAAAUGUCUCAAAGACAUCUGCUGAAUGUCUUAUUGACAUCCGAGACAUAAUUUUGACAUACGUCUGAUAGAUGGAUUGCAGAUGAGCAAACAAUGUCAAAAAUGUCUUCCAGAUGUAAACACACAUAAAAUAGAAGUCUGGGUAAUGUGCGUGUGCUAUCAGGGUGUAUUAUAAAAAGUCACUCAGGACAAGUGUAUAUUUAAUAAUGUAAGGUUGGGCAGUUAUUACAUUAAUAUGGAGGAAUCUUUUCACAUGUGAUGUAAUUCUGUGCAAUUCACACAGGACUAUUUAAAAUGUAUAUUGGCCAAAACAAUGGUUUCACAUUUUUGCGUAUUGCCCUUUACAUUUUUGCAGUUUCAUUUGUUGAUUUUAGUUACUGUUUUACCGUUUAUAUUUUGUUGGAAAAACAAUAAAUAGUCUACACUA